AUGCGAUCUUUCCCAGGCAACUGGACUAACGUCGUUCACCAACUUGUGGAAGUGGAGGUGAAUGGCCGCUAUGAGUUCAUGCUGACCUUUCAGUUCAGCUACUACAACCUGGUGCUGGAGGGAGUCUACAUGGUGCCUCGCAGCGUGGUGCUGGCCGACUUGGAUGAGAUGGCGACAAGGGACGCGGUCACAAGCAUUAUCCUGAACAUCUUCUUCUCCGGCAUCCUGAUGGGCGGCGUGAUCUUUGUGGGAUAUCAGACCUUCAAGCGUCUGCGCGAGAUCGCUCAGGAGCAGAGGCGGCUUCUGCAUGUGAAGGUGCAGGACAGCUUAGCCUGUGCCAGCGAGCUCCAGUAUCCCAUCGUCUUGGUCUGUGCUAGGGACUUCCUGAAGCUGACCGACUCGGAGGUCCGAAGCUGCCACGAGGGCGUGCGUCUCAAAGGAAUGCUCAAGUUCUUGGACACUGACGAGCUGUUGGCCAAAUUCAAGAAGUCAGGUGGCCAGAUCGUGUUCUUCUCCUAUGAGUGGCAGUCUUGGACGAAGCUGGGCCCCAACGACGUCCAGCUCGAGUGGAUGCGCAUGAGCCUGUCGAUGUAUUCGGAGGAAUACGGCGUGCCGCUUGAGAACCUGCACGUUUGGCUGGACAUCCUCGCCAUCCCACAGUGUCAUGUUGGCAUGAAGACCCUGGCCGUGAACUCCCUGUAUGUCUAUGCAGCCUCUACCAGCGCCUUCAUCAUCAUCGCCCCAGAUUGCGUCCACGAGAACACUGGCAACCAGUCGGGCAUCCAGUCGUACAAGGAUCGCGUGUGGACGCGCGUGGAGCAGGUGGCAAUGGUGUCAGCGAACGGAACCAGCAAGAUGUUCCUCUCCGAAGGGAAGAGCGGCUUGAAGCCCGUGGACAUGGACUUCUUGUCAAGGAGCCUCGAGGUGUUCCAGGCCAACAUGUCGUGCUGCCGAAGGAAUCACGAGCACCAGGACUACUGCGACAAGGAGAUGGUGUUGCUUCCAAUGUUGGGACUCUGGUUCCGCCUCUUGGCCGCGCAGCGCGGCAUUGGCGCGAGCGCCAGCAUCCAGGAAGUGUACAACAUCUACAUGACGGACCUCGACCGAUACCUCCCCACCUACUUCGACUACACACAAGCGAACGGGCCCACCGUUCGGCGCCCGCUCUUCGGGAACUUGACCAAGGAAGUGAAGAAGAUCGUGGACAACCUCAGCGACACUGAGCUCGCCGACAUCCUCAAGGUUCAGCCGGAGGAACAGGCGGCGUUGGGGGACGACAGCGGUCCCAAGGUGGAAAGGUUCUUGUCGGAUGCACUGAAGUGGCCCGUCCCAGAAUCGAUCCAAACGGAGGAAAUGUGA